CUUAAUUUUUGGUCGUCAAUGGCAGCAACAAGAUUUCUCUCCCACAUUACCACCAAAAACUCCAACCUUUACUCUCUCUCUCUCCUCGCCAUCCUCUGCGCCACUUUUUACUUCAUCGGAAUCUGGCAACACUCUGUAUCCCCCAUCCCCACCUCCUCCACUGCCGCCAUCGCCGUCGCCGGCGUCCUCACCCCAGCCCCUUGCAGCUAUUCCCUCAACACCACCCAACUCGACUUCAUGCCCCACCACCUCCCUCCGGAUCCGUCGCCCACCACCGCGGCUCUCCCUCAUUUCCCUCCUUGUGAUCCUUCCCUCUCCGAAUACACCCCAUGCGAGGACGCCGGAAGAUCGCUGAAAUUUGACAGGGACAUGCUAAUAUACAGACAGCGGCACUGUCCCGAAAAGAACGAGCUGUUAAAGUGUCGGAUACCGGCCCCGUAUGGUUACAAGAUUCCUUUCAGGUGGCCUAAGAGUAGAGAGUUUGCAUGGUUCGCUAACGCGCCGCACAAAGAGUUGGCCGUGGAGAAAAAGAACCAGAAUUGGAUUAAGGUCGAGGGGGAGCGGUUCAGAUUCCCCGGCGGCGGCACCAUGUUCCCACGUGGGGCCGAUGCUUAUAUCAAUGAUAUCGACAAGCUGAUCAAUCUCAAAGAUGGCUCGAUAAGAACCGCCAUUGAUACCGGUUGCGGGGUAGCAAGUUGGGGAGCAUACCUAUUAUCAAGGAACAUAAUACCAGUGUCGUUUGCACCAAGGGACACUCAUGUAUCUCAAGUGCAAUUCGCUCUUGAACGGGGCGUCCCUGCAUUGAUCGGAGUCCUUGCUUCCAUUAGACUCCCCUACCCUUCAAGAGCAUUCGACAUGGCCCAUUGCUCUCGUUGUCUCAUCCCUUGGGGAACCUAUGAUGGGAUUUACUUGAUCGAGGUCGAUAGGAUCCUACGUCCCGGUGGGUACUGGAUCCUGUCAGGUCCACCGAUCAACUGGCAAAACCAUUGGAGAGGUUGGAAUCGAACGGCUGAUGAUCUGAAACAAGAACAAUCUCAAAUUGAGGCCGUGGCUAGAACCAUUUGCUGGAAAAAGAUUGUACAAAAAGGUGAUCUUGCCAUUUGGCAAAAACCCACCAAUCAUAUCCAUUGCAAAGCUAACAGGAAGGUUUUCAAGCAGCCAAAAUUUUGCCAGUCUCAAGAAUCUGACGUGGCAUGGUACACAAAAUUGGAGAAAUGUUUAACCCCAUUGCCAGAAGUAUCCGAUAUAAAAGAAAUUGCAGGUGGGCAAUUACCAAAAUGGCCCCAGAGACUGAAUGCAAUUCCUUCAAGAAUCAGCAGUGGAAGUUUAACAGGAAUUACAGAAAACACGUUUGCAGAAAAUACAGAGCUGUGGAAGAAGAGAGUAGAGUACUAUAAGAAAAUAGACUAUCAGCUAGCCGAGACAGGGAGGUACCGCAACUUGUUAGACAUGAAUGCAUAUUUGGGAGGCUUCGCGACCGCUCUCAUCGAUGAUCCUCUCUGGGUCAUGAACACUGUCCCCGUCGAGGCCGAUCAGAUCAACACCCUCGGGGUUAUCUAUGAACGAGGAUUAAUUGGAACAUAUCAGAAUUGGUGUGAGGCAAUGUCUACUUAUCCUAGGACAUACGACUUCAUCCACGCUGAUUCCAUUUUCAGCCUCUACAAAGACAGAUGUGAAACGGAGGAUAUCCUUCUGGAAAUGGAUAGAAUUUUACGACCAGAAAGCAGUGUAAUCAUUAGAGACGAUGUCGAUGUGCUGUUGAAAAUCAAGAAAAUAAUAGAUGCUAUGCAAUGGGAGGGGAGAAUUGUAGACCAUGAAAAAGGACCACAUGAAAGAGAGAAGAUCCUUUUUGCAGUUAAGCAAUAUUGGACUGCAUCACCAUUGACACCUAAAUAAGACCAAUAAGGAAUUAUGACGGCUCUUAUAGAAAAAGGUCAAUUUGCUCUGGUUUCUUAUUUCUUUCUUCUAUGUUUUUUAAUUGUUUAAUUUUCAUUUUUUUAGUGUACACCUUAAUCCUUUUUUUCUUCCCAGUAAUGCAAUGGUUG